AUGGUCGGGAAGGUAAUCGUGUCGGCAUUAUCCCUUAUUCUCGUUGUUGGUAUAGCUCUAGCCGUUGUCGCCACCAUAAACAAAAGGAAUGGUUCUAAUGGUGGAAAGGAGGAAGUAUCACCAAAGAUGAAGGCAAUCUCAGCCAUUUGUUCUACUACAGAUUAUCAAGAAGAAUGCAAAAAUACACUUAACCAUGUUGCUCAGAAUACCUCUUCAAAUGACCCCAAAGACUAUGCUAAAGCAGCAAUUCUUGCCACUAUCAAGGAAAUUACAAAAGGCUACAACUUGUCUGAUAGCCUCAUAGUGGAGGCUGGUAACAAUGCCUCCAUCAAAAUGAGUGUUGAAGAUUGCAACGAUUUGUUACAAUUCGCCAUUGAUGAGUUGCAAGCAUCGUAUUCCACCGUUGGAGAGUCUGAUUUGCAUACCGACGCAGAUCGUAUUGCUGAUAUUAAGAAUUGGCUUAGUGCUGUUGUUUCUUAUCAACAAUCUUGUCUUGAUGGACUUGGAGAAUUUGAUCCUCAGCUUAAACAGAGGAUGCAAGAUGGUCUUGAUGUUGCUGGCAAGCUUACCAGCAAUGCUCUUGCUAUUCUCACUGCAGUUUCCAAUAUCCUUGACAACUACGGCUUGCAAUUGAAGGUUCAACCAAGUGGUCGUAGGCUUCUUGGAACAACAGAAGUAGAUAGCGACGGGUUCCCGACAUGGUUGACGGGGGCAGAUAGGAAGUUGCUUGCAUCAAAACAAGGAGGCGUUCGACCAACACCGAACGCAGUGGUGGCUAAGGAUGGUAGUGGGCAAUACAAGACCAUUGCUGCUGCAUUAGCUGCAUACCCAAAGGCUCUAAGAGGAAGAUAUGUAAUCUACGUGAAAGCAGGGAUCUAUGAUGAAUACAUCACUGUAACUAAAGACAUGAAAAAUGUUUUCAUGUAUGGAGAUGGUCCAAGAAAAACCAUUGUCACCGGUCGCAAGAGUAACCGCGACGGUUUCACCACACAAAACACUGCCUCUUUCGCUGCCAUAGGGGAAGGAUUCCUUUGCAAAUCCAUGGGAUUCACCAACACAGCUGGUCCUCAAGGCCACCAAGCGGUAGCCUUACGAGUCCAAUCCGAUAGAUCCGCCUUCUUCAACUGCAGAAUGGACGGUCAUCAAGACACUCUCUACGUACAAACUCACCGUCAAUUCUACCGAAACUGUGUCAUAUCAGGUACCGUAGACUUCAUCUUCGGUGAUUCAUCCACCAUCAUCCAAAACUCCUUAAUCAUCGUUCGUCGCCCAAUGGACAACCAACAAAACACCGUCACAGCCCAAGGUCGCGCCGAGCAAAAAGAAAUCACUGGUCUAGUGAUCCACAACUGCAGAAUUGUCCCAGAACAGAAGCUAUUCGCUGAGAGGUUCAAGAUUCCAACAUUCUUGGGGCGACCAUGGAAGCAAUAUGCAAGAACUGUGAUCAUGGAGUCUACAUUGGGUGACUUCAUUCAGCCAGCAGGAUACAUGCCUUGGUCUGGAAAUUUUGCAUUGGAGACUUGUUUGUAUUUGGAGUAUGGGAACAGAGGACCUGGUGCUAACACCAACAGGAGAGUGAGAUGGAAGGGCGUUAAAGUGAUCGGAAGAAAUGAAGCUUUGCAAUAUACUGCUGGUGCAUUUCUUCUUGGAAGAACGUGGCUUCCAAGAACUGGUGGGAUUUACUACUUGGGAUUGAAGAACUGA